AUGUUUUUACACGAGGUUUUCCUCCCUCUUCCUUUCUGGUUGUCAGCCCCCUUCCUGCUGAAGGGGAGCAAACAAGAGCCCUCCACCCCCAAGAAGACAACGGUGCCACACAUCGUGCCGCCCGUGAGCACGGAGAAGACCACCCCGGCCACGUCUGCCAGCAGCACGUCCAAGACCUCCGUGCCCAGCGAGGCCAGCCCCGCCAGCAGCCCAGCAGUGCCGCUGCCAAGGACGUCGCCUGCCCCCAGCAGCCCUCUCAGCACCAGGCUGCCAUCUGCCGCCCCUUCCACAGUCUCCUCCCCAUCGCCCCCAACAAAGCCCAUGCCUACGACCUUCAUUCCCACUCUUACCUCCUCUGAGAGUGCCACUUAUUCCUCUCCCUCACCAAACACCACAGUUUCUUUUACUCCACGUGGUGAAACAUUUUCAGUAGCACUUCCAACUUCUGUCUCUUCCAAAUCCACUCCAGUUGUGAUCCCACGUGUGUUACCUACAACAACUGCGUUUGCUCCCAGUUUUGUUACCACUGCUUCUACAGAGAUCCCUUCCGUUGAGCAGACUUCUAUCCGAACAACUACACUAACAACCAGGCGUACCACAUCUUCUCUUUCUGUUACUUCUGAACUUUCAACGUCCUUUUCUUCUGUUAGACCAGCCGCAGUACCACAAGAGAAUUGCCUAAAAGUUGAAUAUGAAGAAAAAAUAACUUACAAAGGCUGUUCUGCUAAUAUCACUUUGAGCCGAUGUGAAGGAUCGUGUCCAUCUUCAACAAAGUUGAAUGCUGAGACUAUGGAGGUCACCACAGCGUGUGGCUGUUGUAGGCCACUUCGACUUCAUAAGAAGGAAUUCCAACUACCAUGCGAAGACCCAGACAACCCCAGAAACAGGCUCAUUAAGGAAAUCACUGUGUUUGGUGGCUGUGUUUGCAACUUUGACACCUGCAUACAAUAGCC